CCCCGCUGCGGCCCUCAUGAACAUCAUGACCAACUCCGGAGAGUUGAGGCCUGCCCUUUAUGCGGCCCCGGCCUCGCUACUGGCCCUGACCGCCCUGCUGGUGGGAUUGAGAACAUGGACGCGGCUUACCUUGACUGGACUACGCGCCGAUGAUGUAUUCAUAAUUUUUAGUUGGAUUUUCAAUGCAGGCCUCUGUAGCUUGGUCAUGGCCUCCACUUCAGUUGGGUUGGGAAUUAAAGCUAGUGAAGUGAGCGCCGAGAACUACGCCAUAUACCUCAAGCUCAUGACCGUGUGCUCCAUCUGCUUCAGCUUCGGUUGCGCCCUUGCAAAGUGCUCAUUUGCCGUACUCUACCUACGCCUGAUCCCGAACCGAUACGUUCAGAUCCUCAACAAGUGCAUUAUAUUCUACGUUUUUUGCCAGGCCAUCGAGGAGUCCUUGGUCAAUAUCUUUCAGUGCCAGCCAGUGGCAAAAGCUUGGGACCCAAAGAUCGAAGGCACCUGCAUCAACAUAGAGAUUAUGUGGUGGGUGGGCUUUGUAUCCAAUAUUUGCACAGAUUGGAUUCUUUUCCUUGAGCCUAUGCCUUUUAUAUGGGGACUGCAGCUCAUCCCGGUCUCCAAGAAGAUCGGCCUCAGUUUCAUGCUGUCCCUAGGUCUCCUUCUUUGUAUAAUUUCCGUCAAGAGGCUCGUCGAAGCCGCAAAAACCACAAUCACUGAUGGAACCUUACUCAUCGCCGAGCCACUUCUAUGGUCCAUCGCCGAGCUGAGCGCCCUGAUAGUAUGCUCCUGCAUCCCGACGCUCCGCCAGACCGUGCACCGCAUCCCGUGGCUCAACCGAGUUCUGGGGCUCAGCUCCAAGCUGAGCUCGGACCGGGCGGACCGCUACAGCAAGUCGUCUUUUGGAGCGUCGCGCUUCUUCUUCAACAGGCGGGUGCGGUACGGCCGCUCCACCAGCUGCAGCGGCGGCGGCGGCGGCAUCACCGAGGUCGGCACCUGCCCGAGCCAGACCAACGUCGAGGACAAGAGCAGCAGCAGCAGCAGCAGCAAUAGCAAGCAUCAUCACCAGGGGCCCACGGCCACCACGACCGAGACCGCCGAGGGUCGGCCGCCGAUGCCCAAGCGACACCUACUCGUGGCGCCGCCGUUUUGGUCGAGGUACGGAGCGCGGCAGCCUAUGAAUCUUCGAUCGGGGAUCCAGUCGAACCUCGAAGUCAGCAGUAUCCCCGACAUGAAAAGCAGAGCCACCCAAAGUACAGACUAUGUACCAUCGAGGCCUAAGCCUAGCGAAUCAUGUCAUGACCUCGCUUACGGAAAAGCAAAGUCACACUUACACGACGAACAACAUUCAGGAAUGAGAAUAAUAGCAAUCGAGGGCCAGGAGUUUGACGAGAUGAGUAAUCUGGACCCUCUCGACAGUGAGCCCGAAGGUUAUUACACAGAGAAACCAUCACACGUGGAGCCAUGUCUGCCCGCACCAGCAGUUCUCCGUGACGGCAGAACCAUACCACCAAUUAAAAUCAUACCGGCGAUAGGUGAUAGUCGGGAUAUUUCAUCACCGAGCCCGGAUCCUAUAUCAAAGCUGAAAGAAUCAGCAGAGCAAAGCGACUCAAAAUAG